UCGAGGCCUUUAAAUGCCGGCACAGAUGUUGGCCGGAGCAGGACGCCACGAGGCGAACAACCAACUGCUUCCUUCCCUUCCGCGCCGCCGCCUACAACGACCAUCUUCACGUGACCUAUCUCUCUCCGCCUGAAGUGUUCACGGCUCCAUCCUCUCGAGAGUCUAGGCCCAUCUCCCGAAGCCGCUAGCGCAGACAACGACCCUACCUAUGGAUACGAAGAAGAAGUCGGCCCCCGCCGCCGCCGGAGCCGCGGCGCCGCCGCCGGCUAGCGGGUACUUCAGCACCGUCUUCUCCGCGUCGCCUGCGGGGAGCGCAAAUGACGCAAAGCAGUCGGACUUGUACACGAUGCUGAACAAGCAGAGCUCCAGAGGACAGAAUGGCAGUAGCAUUACAGAUGGCAAAUCCCAUGGCCGCCCUACUUACAAGGAUGGAAAACAGUCUUAUCCAAAUGAGUCAUCAGAAUCCCCUUACUUUGGCUCAUCCGUGCAUUACGGUGGUCGGGAGUUCUACAGCAGCACUUUACAGAAGCAACCAGCCAACGAGCCACAUACAAACUACAAGGAGGACAACCCGGAUGGCUCUGCUACUAGAGGUGAUUGGUGGCAAGGUUCGCUGUAUUACUGAACAAUCUGCUGAGAACUCUCCUUUCUGUGAUCAAGGAAUAAAAGGAGUAGAGCUGAGCUUGCUUUGUUGUAGUGUUGGGACUGUUGAUGCGAGCCGUCAGGCAUGGAUCGAAAGUAAUAGUUGUAAUUGUUGAAAGUUGGCGUCGGGACUACAUCCAUCCGGUCGGUGGAGGCAGUAUUUAGAUGCAUCAUCACACCUGGACAGAUGUGGACGUAGGCUGUGUCCUUUUGUAUUCAUGUUUCCCCCUGUGUUCUCGUGGUUUAGUUGCAGUUCUGAACUUACUAAUGGGCUAGUAGGUCAGCCUGUGGUAGUUUUAUAAAACCAGUUGCCAAAGAGUCGCAGACUCGUAGGAUCACCUGCAGGCUACAUGUACCAUGUGCAUCCUUUGCCGCUAUCGUUCGGAAAGAUUUGGAGUGUGCAUACUAUGUUUCUACUAUUCUUA